CUUGCACUUUACCUUCGCCUCUUCUUCUCAUCAUCACCCCUAAAGAAGAACCAUUCUCACACGAUGGUGAUACCUCAACUCAUGCGUGAAUAAAGAACCUCUCCGGAAAGACGCCGUUGGCCCAAAACGAGGAAUUCGCUGGACGAAAAAAGCCCUUUCAAACGGCCUCAAUAAGAACAUUCGAUUAAACUAAACGAGCUGCUGAUUUGCUGCUCGGCCACGCGCGCGCAAACCUCCAAACAACCUUUUUUGUUCCUUGCGUGGGCUUCGUCGCACAAAUGCGAUUGUGCGCAAACUCGCGUCGUUUCUAUAAAUUCCACCGCAUAAAGUAACUGGCUACCUCAGUCAAAUACUGUUCAUUUCGCGCUGGUUAUUUUACGUAUCGCGUGCGCGUGCGUUUUGUGCGAAGUGCUUGCAGCUGGAGAUUCUCUCUUACUAGUGGCUCGUUUCUCGAGGAUCUCUCAGCUUGUCUGGACCUUGGUCUGGCGGGCGGUCACUACAGCUCCUAACGAGCACCAACCCCCCCAUUUUUCCAGCUUCCAGCCUGGCUUGGGUUUCCUGCCACCAGCUUUUUUUUUGACAUCACCAGCCAGUGCCCAUUCUCUUGGGCUCACAUACACUCACCCAACUUGACCCUCCUCACCUUUACUUCGCUCGCCUCAACAUUCCAGUUGGGCGAUUACACUUCUCGGUUCUGUCUCGAGUAGACUCAGACCGCACUGAGACUGGCCGUCCUUCCCGAGACCAUCGCUGUCAUUCAGUUUGAAGAGGCCUCUUCAUUCUGAUCUGCUCACCCGUUUGGCAACUCGAAAAGAACCCGACUUUUUGUACAACGCAUCAAGAGCUUCCCCCACUCCACCCUCCCGAAACCUCCACCGUAACGCAACACACCACCAGCGCCCGCUGGUGAACCUUCAACUUGUCGAACUUUCGCAACCCAAUUCCUCGCCCUUUCAGCGCCGCAGACGUGACCAGAAUACGAUCAUCAUCUGCUUCUUACGACCGUUACGACCCUAACGCGCCCACGACCCCUACCCAGCACCCGCAACGCCAGCAUUCAAGGACUCCAAGUCUUGGCUCACGACCGCUGUUUAAUCAGACGUCGGAUCCCAUUGAGCGGCUCUCCACGCCCCGAAGUCUUCGUCGAACCCCAAGAUUUGACGCGCCUCCGACUCCAGCACCUGAGCCUCGCAAAGUCCAUAUCGCAGCUGCCUCUCUCGGUUUUGAACCCAAGGCGACCCUCGCACCCGUUGACAACCUACCGGAGAACCAUCCCACUGUAUUGGGACUUAUCCCCGUCCGUUCAGCGCCGCAUCAAGCUCACCGCCCCCGCCGACGGCUCUCACAGGACCUAACUGAAGAUCCUGACGAGGUGUCUUCUGAGCAUCCCCAAUCCCCUCCGAGACAGACCCCUUCCGUACCUGCAAACUAUCCAGAACCGCACCCCGCGGUUAAGAUCUCCAAGCAUACCCACAGCGCCAUCCUCUUUGCACUCGAGGAGGCGCUGCGCAACCCCAAUCCUUUCACUCCAGAUCUCGAAGAGGAAUCCGCAAGCAUGGCCGACCUUAUGGCUUCUGGAGGCAUGCCUCCAGUAUCCAAUGGCAAGCCAGCCGCCUCCCCAUUCCGCCCUGGCGCAACUCCUGGUCAAACGGGCUCACCCUCUGGUAUCAGAGGCCCAAGGAUGAUCAUGCAGGAGCGCGCAGCUCGGGAAGCGCGCCAACGCGCUGAGGCAGAGGCGCAACAACGCGAGAGAGCCGAGCAGGAGGCGCGCAUUCUGGAGCAGGCUCGGAGAGCAGAGGAACAGCGUAGAUCUGCUGGCGUUGCUGCUGGUCAGGUUCCCGACGCAGAAGCGCGUCAACCCAUGAACCCUCAGCGUCAGGCGCAAGCCGUCCCUGAUAACACAUCGGCCCGCCCCCGGGCAAACACAACAUCACAAGUACCAGCUAGCCGGCCCGGACGAUCUGGUACUACCAAUCAACCACCUCCCCAAACUUUUACGGGCCCAACUCCCGGAAACCAACCCAAUUUUGCUGCACAGGGCACUGAGAGCGGAAACCAAGGAGGUGCCAGUGGCUCAAAGACCCGAAAUUCUUUUCCCCAUGCGUUCGAGCGAUGGGAGACGUUAUCUGCGCACUGGGAAGGACUCACCAGCUACUGGAUCCGUAAGCUUGAACAAAAUAAGGAUGAGUUGAAUCGGGAUCCUCUGAACCAGCAGCUCGCGCGCCAGGUGACAGAUCUAUCUGCGGCUGGAGCCAAUCUGUUUCAUGCCGUUGUUGAGCUUCAGCGUCUUCGCGCAAGUUCGGAGCGAAAGUUCCAGCGAUGGUUCUUCGAAACUCGAACUGAAUUGGAGCGCGCGCAAGAAGUCAAUGCCAUGUUGGAGGCUGCCCUAGACCAAGAACGUCGAGGCCGAGCAGACGCUAUCCGAGAAGCUGUCGAGAAUGAGCGAGGAACUUCGAAAGCUCAAAAGCAGCUUGCUGAGAUGCGCAAGGAGCUAUCCAUCUCCAAAGAGGAGGCGCGUCGUGCAUGGGAGGAACUGGGGCGACGUGAGCAAGAGGAACGUGACAGAACGCUAUCUCUUCAGUCAGGGCAGCCUACUAUUGUUGGAGGCGUACAAGUGGUUCCAAUGACACAUGGUGGUCCAAGCAGACAUCAAAGCAGCCGAGCUCAAGGGGUUUAUCAGACUGAGUAUGGAGCUAGUUACCCGGCUGAGACGACUUCCUCUCCCCAGACUCAGCCUCCAACAACAAGUGCUGGCGAAUAUCGCCAACAGGGUGGUGGCCUUCAAGCACCAGUAUCAGAGGGUGGUUACAGCGAAGGUGAGUACGUGAUUGAUGCAAAUGGCAACUUCCUGUUGGAUGCCCAAGGAAAUAAGAUUCCCUUCGCUGGACCACCUUCUACAUAUUCCGGUUCUGAUGCUGAAGCAGAAGAGUAUGCAACACCCGCUACCACCAAUCCACCAAGCGGUAAACAAGAUUCUCCUUCCACCUCUACUGGAGGAGGAGGAGGUAGUGGAGGAAGUGGAGGCCAAUGGACUGGCGCAUAUUCAGACCCCCAAGACUAUUCCGGCCAAGGCUAUGGGACUCCUGGCUGGGAGACAGUCCCUCGUCAUCACCAUCCUACCCGGCUGAGUGAUGUCAUGGAAGAGGAGGAUGAACGCAGCCGAGCCAGUACGAGCCGUGUAUAGGACUCUGCGAGUUCAUGCUGAUGCACAUGGCCGGCGUGUAUACGGUUCUCUUUUCAAACAGUAAUUUAAUUGCAACCAAACGACACAUUCAUUUGAAGCCGGGCCAGUUACAAGACAACUACGGUCCACUACAGCAAAGGAGAGCCCUAAUCUUUUAGAUCAGUCGUCAGUUACAGUUCCAUGUUGGAGCGUUGUCGCAUUAUUACAGCCAUUCCCGUUUUACAGCACUGGGAAUUCGGUCCCAGGACGUGUUCUGUUGUACAUUCGACCGAAGAGAGUUUCUUCGACCAAGUCUGCAUCUAGAGAAGGUCUUAAUUAUGUCAUAAUAAUCCGCACCAUGCCUGGGACCCUGUUCGAAUUGACCGCUUUUUGUUCAAUCGUAUCUAUACAUCAGUUACAAAUAUCGAAGCGGACUCGGGAUCACACAGCAAAACAGUUGCCUCGUGUGUUCUUACAUAUAUCUUUUAUUAUGUACUUAUUAUGAAAAUUUUCGAACGACUGAAUCAAUAGCGACGAAGAGUUGUUGCGGAUAUGGUCUUGCCAUCACGAAAGAAGCUUCACUUCUGACCUGAUCAAUUCGGGGACAGCUUUCGCUACUAGGGGACAUUUGGAGUUCACAUCUGUUGCAUGUAUGGUUUUAUUGCUAAAAUAAGAACGAGAUGUGGAGUUGAGGGUCUUGGAGUACGGAGUGCGUACGGAAAUUGGAGUUUUUACUGUUGUUUCUCUCACUUGCAUGGAUGACAGGAGAUCCUGGCCAACUAAUAAUUGCUAGAUGGUAUCGGUGUUGCAGGGCCACAUUCAUAAGGACUAGAGUACAGGGUCAAUGUGAAAUUACUACGUUUUACGAUGCAAACAUUUGACCAAUUUCGAGCAGCAUGUUAUAUGUUCGGGAUUGAUAUUAAGG